AUGCCUAGUACGCGACGUCAUUCUUACGAUCUGAACUUUAAGUUGAAAAUAGUAGAAGAAGCAGAGUCAGGGAAAAACAAUCGAGAAAUUGCACGCGAGUACGGAAUAUCCGAGUCAAUGGUUCGCAAAUGGCAAAACCAACUGCAUAUGUUGUUUAAUGGCGAGUUAAAGAUGACUGCCAAACGUGCAUCCAUGGGUCGGUACAAACCAAAAUAUCCAAAACUGGAUCAACGCUUAGCAGACUGGUUUAGCGAUCAAAGAAGUCAAGGUCUCUCAGUUAAUAGCGUAAUGCUCCGGUUAAAGGCGAAGGAACUCAGCUCCGAUUCGGAGUUCAAGGCAAUCUAUAAGGUGGUACAACAACUGAAAACGUCGCCACGCUGUAUCUAUGAGAGCGAAAACAGCUUUGGCUCAGCGUCUACCAGCAGACAUGGAGGAGAAGAUCGUCGAAUUCCAUCGUUUUGUGUUGAGGGCCCGGAGACGUUAUGA